UUGGGAAAAUUGUACUCUGCAAAGCGUUGUUUUUCGUAGAUCUACUGGCUUCACCUGCCCUCAGGCGUCCUUGGACUGCUAUCUCGCGGGGCACUGUCAUCCUCAGGCAACAACACGUGACUUCAACCUGUUGUGACCGACUCGGGGCAAAAAUUCCAUCAGCAGAAUAGUCUUUCGCUCUGCUUCUCCCUGGCUUCAGCCGUUCUGUUGAACACACUUCUCUCCAUCAACUGUCGCAUAUUUUUUGACGACUUUCCAUAAUAUAAAUACAGCGUGAUUUUUUUCCGCGACUUGACUGUUUUCCAUUUUCAAACAUCACAGAAUCAUCGCUAUGGCUGCUCCUACUACACCAACCUUCAAGCUCGUCCUUGUUGGUGAUGGUGGUACUGGUAAGACCACCUUCGUCAAGCGCCACCUUACUGGUGAAUUCGAAAAGAAGUACAUUGCAACUCUCGGUGUCGAAGUGCACCCUCUGACUUUCACCACCAACCUGGGAACGAUCCAGUUCGAUGUAUGGGACACAGCCGGUCAGGAGAAGUUCGGCGGUCUGAGAGAUGGAUACUACAUCAACGGCCAGUGCGGUAUCAUCAUGUUCGAUGUCACCUCCCGUAUCACGUACAAGAACGUCCCCAACUGGCACCGUGAUCUCGUCCGUGUCUGCGAGAACAUCCCCAUCGUUCUCUGCGGUAACAAGGUCGAUGUUAAGGAGCGCAAGGUGAAGGCCAAGACCAUCACUUUCCACCGCAAGAAGAACCUGCAGUACUACGAUAUCUCGGCCAAGUCCAACUACAACUUCGAGAAGCCCUUCCUGUGGCUCGCCCGCAAGCUGGUCGGCAACGCCGCCCUGGAAUUCGUUGCUGCCCCUGCUCUUGCUCCUCCUGAGGUCGCUGUCAACCCCGAGCUCAUGGCUGAGUACGAGAAGGAGAUGGCGACUGCCGCUGCCAUGCCUCUGCCCGACGAGGAGGAUGCUGAUCUGUAAGCGUAUCGCACAGAUCGGAUCGGGGGGCGAAUUGCGGUCAUUCAUCCAUGCCUGCGGUUUCCUCCCGGUCAUUUGGAUUCGUUACGCCAUGCCUUGAGUUACGAUACAACGAUAGCGGUCGGUGGAAAUAGCCUGAAGGGAAAGGUCGGCACUGUCAUGCAUUGGAAUCUUACACAACUAGUAGUUUAGACGCUUAUCACAAUUUUUCUCCCUUUUUUCCCUUUCUUUCUCGCAGAUGAUAACUCUAUUUACGACAACAAAAAAGCAAAUCUGUUCACAAGAU